CAAAAUACAACCUGAGCUGAUGAAACAGUUCGAGCUGAAUGAGCGGUUUCUUUACAUUAAAUCGAGUAUUGUCAUUUUAUUUGAUUUUUAUUUGGUUUUAAUUUUAAAACUAAAGUGAACUUAAACCAUACUAAAAUAGCUCCCCACAUAAAAGAUGAAAAAGCGAGCUGAGAAGCCCUCAAAAGUGGACAAGGUGGAUUCUGCAAUUGAAGAGGAACCUAAACCAAAAACUGCAGAUGACUACCAGUGUUCAGGACAUCUACAGCUGGAAUUCCCCGAACUCUGUAAGCUCAUGGGAGUGAAAGAGAUUCCUUCCGUCAAGGUGAAGCGGCCAAGGAUUCUGGAAAGCAGAAUGACAAAAUGGUCCCCUGGGCGCUGCCUUCAGAUAGAGCUGGAGAACGAAGAGCACAACAACGUAAAGGAAGUCAAGAUAUCUGGAUGGACGGUGGAUGAACUGAUGCUUCAGGUGCUGAGCAAGAUAUUGCCGUCUCUCAGUAAUUUACUGUGCUUGCGCAUGUGGCGUAUAGGUCUAACAGAUGGCACUUUCACAUCCAUGAAAAACACUGUGUCUCUGUGCUCAAAUCUCAGGAAAGUGGUUUUGGAAGGCAACCCACUCCCUGAGCAGAGUUAUCAUUUACUCUUAGGGGAGGACAGCAUGCUGACGGAGUUAUCACUACGAAACAAUCGUAUAGGAGAGGAAGGAGCUCGUCUGAUUGGCUCAGCUCUCUCCAAUCCACACUCUGCCAACAAAAACCUCCGGUCACUUAACCUGGCCUAUAAUAGGAUCGGUGAUGCAGGUGCCCUUCAUAUCGCUCAGGGUCUGCGUUUAAAUCGGUCCCUGCUAUCUUUGUCAUUAUCCUACAAUCACAUAGGAGAUAAUGGAGCGGCUCGUUUGGCUGAGGUUCUUGGCCCAUUUGCUCUGACUCAUGAAGAGAUCGUUGAGAGGAGGAAGCUUUUAAUUAAAGGCGACCAAUCAAACAUGGUCCAGUCGUCUCUGGUUAGUCUUGCAGACUCACAUGAGCCGGCCCUUUCUGUCCCUAGCAACUCUUCACUGGAUCAAAUCAGCAAGAGUGCAAAACACACCACCAAAAAAAGGGACAAUCCCAAGAAGGAGGAGAAACCAGCACAAAGUCCGGCAGCAAAAAAAGAGGAGGCAAAGGUGGCCAAGAAAGAUAAUAAAGCUCCUCGUAGUCAGGCUGGAAAAGGCAAAGACAAGAAUCUGCUAGUUUCUGAGCAAGAGGGAACAUCUCCAAGUCAGGCUGUGGAGGUGACAGUUGACACCGUGAUUCCUCUGUUGGAUCCUGGAAUUGUGCACACUGGUGGAAAAGUAAUUCAUCCUGGAAACACAUGCCUUACAUCUUUAAAUCUUUCAGGAAAUGAAUUGAGCGAGCAAUCGCUCAAGGUGUUUCUCUCAUCUCUAGAGAGCCAGUGUGAAGGUGGACUCCUGCGCCUUUCUCUGAGUAAUCGUUUUCCUUCAGAUUGUGACACCUUCCUGAAGAUACAAGAAAUGAUGUCUCAAAAGCACCCUCUAAGCAAAAACAGCACUAGUCAGAUGGAGGACGAAUAUGGUGAAGCCAAGACCAGCAGUCCAGCCUAACACUGUAAAUGAUAAGAAAAGACAAAUGAACAUGAGCAUUUACUGUUUCAAUUCAAUCAUGUUACCAUUAUAAGUCAAUCUUUUGGUAAAUCAUCCUUUAUUAUUAAUAUUAUUGUUGUUAUUAUUAAUAUCUUUGCUAUAUUGUACUUUUUAUAGACGGACAUCCACAGAGCAUUAAGCUCUUGCCAAAUGAUAAAAUAGUUUUGUUUUACUUGUCACCAUGUGCUUUUUCAUUGUUUUGAUUGUCUAGUAUUCUAAAACAUGGGAAAAAAAGGCAUUUGUUGUCCAUUUAAAAAACAUUUUACUUUUUCCUUUAAAUAGUUAUACAACUAAAGUAAAUUAAUGUGUGCUUUUAAAGCAAAAUAUUACUGAAAAACUCAAUAUUGUGUAUGUUCUGUUUGUAUUUCAGCACAUGGAUUUGUGACACUAAAGCAAAUAAAGUGUACAAAGCAUGUAUAUGUUUACGCCCCAUACACACGGGGCUUCAGUGUCAACGCUUCCCAUUCACUUUGAAUGGGUGACGUCAGGUGUUGCAGAACUGCAUUGUAGAUCCGUCGGCACCGCUUCAGAGGCGUUGAUCGCUGCAGAAGUUAGGACUAGUUCAACUUUUCAAGCUUUGAUGAAAGUGUCAGCCAAUCAGAUCGCUGUAUGCAAAUACACCAGCUAGACAGUGGCCUAUUGCUGACUGAAUUUCAUUGGCUGAUCGCGGCAGCCCCAACUUCAGACACGCCUUAAGUCAAGCAUUGACACUGAAGCCCCAUGUAAAUGGGCCAUUAAUGAACGAGCUCUGCGUAUGAGUAAAAAAUGAGAGAAUAUACUUAAAAGGCUAUUUCCCC